UUUUCAGGAUUUUCCAUUGAGAUAUGAUAUAUUGUAAAUAAACAUUGUAGUAAGUUUAAAUUGCUGUACAUUUAAUCACAGCGUAAUAUAAGUCUUACAGCAUAAUCCUAGGUAUUACUCUUAUUUUGGAUUAAACCUUAUAUUAAGGUUUUGACAGCUGUUACACAAUGGACAUACAGUGAGAUAGUGUGCUGAGGACUGUUAUUGUUUUUGAUAUGGCCAUCACUGACAGCUUCAACUUCAUGUAUUGAUUUAUCAACUCAGGUAUAAAGACAUAAUAAAUAAAAGAAAUGGCUGCUCUUACAGCACAGCAGCUAUUGAAGCUGGAUGAUGGAGACUUUAAUUCCAAGAUACAAGAUAUGUCUGUCAAGAACCUUAUAGACACAAUCAGUGUGUUACAGAAGGAGAUGAGCAGAGAGCAAGAGAAUUUUAAUGCUCUCAGUGCCGAGCAAGGUUCACUGAAGAAGAAUUCUGGACAAUAUAAGUCCAUCACCAAAGAUAUGACAGCUUCGCAGACCAGACUUACUCUACUCAUGGACAGAAGCAUGAAGUGUUUCUCCCAGCAAGGAAAUCAGCAGAGUAGAGCUGCUGUUGAACGUAGGAACUCUUUUCAGGGGUCACAGUCUCAAGGAAAUGUGCAAAAUAGAGCUUCAGAACCAGUCAAAGCUACUGCAGUAACACAGUCUACUGCAGACAGGAAGUCUAUGACAUCUGCGGAUGUGUCUAAAAAGCGAACUGAUAAUGGAACUAGUAACAGAACAUCUAUUCAAGUGCAAUCUCUCAGCUCUAACAGUCCAGUGUUAAGAAGCAAAGCAAUUGAUAUUAAUGGAUCAAGCAAUAUAAAUGGAGAUUCAAAUGGAAAUGGGCAGAAGCAUAAUGCAUCUGUGUCAAAUUCAGUUGUCUCCCUUGGACCAAUGUCUGAACAAAGAAAUAAAUACAUGUCCAAAAGUACAGACAAUAUAUUUAAGAAGCCUUCUGAAACUGCAUCUCAAAAACCAGAAGUUGUUAAGGGAAAAGUAUCCUCAAAACCUGUGACUAAAGUAGUAAUGAAUGCUGAUAAACAGAUGUUGGAUUUAGAUUCUUUUACUGAAAGAAAGAACAUGUUAGAUGAAUUGAAAAAGUUCGAUAAAACAUUGAAACCAAGUGCUACCAGAACACAUACAGAAAAGGUCACAGAGGUCAAAGUCAACAUAGCCAAAAGCGGUGAAAAGAGAUCAAGUGCUGAUAUUGAGCCAAAGGGACCUGUGACACCAAUGGAGAAAAAAGUAAAUCUUCUUGGUGAUAUAAAACUAGGAAAGAAGCCAUCUGAACUUAAACAAACAAAAGUUCCAAAAAGUGAACAAAAUGGCAAUAACUAUGAUACAGUAAUUAAAGCAGUUGAUAACUCUAAAACUGAUAAUAAAUUUGAUUCUCAAGUGAAACAGUUUGACAAUCUGUUAAAAGAUUCUGAGAGUGAUAAAUCUGAAAGUUCUGAAGAUUCACCAAGGGAGACAAUUGUACCAUCAGUAAAGAAGCAGACGGCAAAUAUCUCGGUAUCAGGGGAGGUCACUCUAGAUGAAGUAAGGGGGAGUACUCCAGUGGAAGAAGCUAGUGAUGAUAGUUUGAGCCAAUCAUCAGGUGUGUCAGAGGAAGAUGAUAAAUUUGUCACAGAAUUCCAUUUUUCUGGAAGUCAGAUUAAGGCAACAUCAGCACAAGCAGCAAUUCCAAAGAAGCAAGAAACUGUCAAGCAAGCACAAGAUGUUACAACAAAGGUCCAACAAUCAACCAAGACUGCAGUGUCACAGCCUGGUAGUCAUGGCAACAAAGGAGAGGUCAUCAGCAAAGGUCAAAGUUCAUCAGCAUCAGUUGGAAACCAUAGUAACACUAAUGAUGAUGGUGAUGAAUUGGUUGUUGAUACAAGAGUCAAGUUCAGGGAAUGGGAUCCAUCAAAACUGCUGGAAAAACUAUAUGAGGUGAAAAUGAUGCCAGAUAAUGUAGAGGAUAUUUCUCACAAGUUUAUUGGAAUGGAGGGCCUCAUGGAGAAGUUACCUAUGAACAAGAAGAAAGCAACCUUGCUUAAAACAUGGAAGAGAAGGUUCUUCAAGGCCCAAGAUGGUUGGCUACACUAUUAUGAGUCUGGCAACAAGGAUAAGCCCAGUGACAGUUUACAGUUGAUGGGUGGUAAAGUGGAGGAGCUCGGACCACGUGUGCUGGGGGUAGAUGACGGGAGAGGAAAGUAUUUAAUGGUUCGAGUACCCACUGAUCAUGAGUAUGGAUCAUGGAAGGUGGCACUAGAGUCUCAGACAGCUGAUAAUGUAAAAGCUACAUAUGUUAGACCUUCACCAGCAUCCAUACCUCAUCCUAAAAAAAAAGUUGUAAUUAUAGAUAUAGGAAGUUGUGGUAUCCGAGCAGGUAUCCUGGGGGAGAGACCGACACUGCCUCAGGUGUUUUUCCCUAGUAUAGUUGCCAUACACAAUCAGACAGGAGAGAUCAUCGUCGGUGCUGAUGCACUAAAACCUGAUGUUAGAAAAUCAUCGAAAGUUUCUCAGCCAAUACAGCCUACCAAUAAAGUGGACAAGUUCAACAUUGAUAUGGCAGUGAUGAAAGCAAUUCUGGAGAAAGUGUUCAAAGAUCUUGGUAUCAACCAGUCACAAUAUCUUGUAAUGAUGAGUACUCCACAGAAUCUAGGUGACAAGUUACGUGAAGGGUUAAUGCGUAUACUUGUGGAUCAGAUGCAUGUACAGGGGGUGUGUAUGGUACAACAGUCACUACUGGCUCUCUACUCGUAUAACGCAAUGUCCGGUAUUAUUGUUGAUAUAGGAGAACGACUGGAAAUAUUGCCUAUAUAUGAUGGUUUGCUGAUAGAAGGUGGUGUAUCAAGACAGGCCUAUGGUGGUACAAAGAUUCAGGAUUCAUUGAAUAUAUCAUUGUUAGAGAAUAAAUACCAGUUUUGUUCAUUUGUUGAGAAACUUCUUGUUCGCUAUAUAUGUGAACAGGCAUGCUAUGUAACAAGUAACUAUGAAGAAACUAAGAAGAAAUGUGAUUCUGAUUCUGACAAUAUCAAGUUAAAAGAUAGAAAUGUGAAAUUGGACUAUGGCUGCUUUAAGAGUCCAGAAGGAUUUUUCAAUACAGACCUGUGGGAGAUGGAUUAUAAGAAUAUACAAAAACAGAUUUAUGCUGCAAUACAGCAGUGCCCUAUGGACUCUAGGAAACAAAUGUAUAGAUCAAUAUACUUGAGUGGUGGGGUAACAACAAUUCCAGGAUUUGCAGAACGUUUACAAGAAGAAAUGAGAAAAUUGGCGCCACCAGCAGCCGUAGUUGAGGUUCAUGCAUCACCACAACGGUACCACUCGGCAUAUAUUGGAGCCUGCGCUGUCGCCUCGAUGGAUGUGUUUGAAAUGAGCUGUGUCUCUGCUGAUGAAUGGAAGAAAAUGGGGGUGAAAGCUUGCAAGAAAUGGGGAACUGGUUGAUCAUGUGACUUUGGAAUUUGUUGUUACUAUAUAUAGAUUCAUUGACAAAAAAAAAACCUCAGAUAUGUACAGGCGGACAGAUACGUAAAAUAUUCCUCUCAACAGAAGUAUAGAUGUAUUAUGAUAAUACAGUCAUUAGUGGAUUCUAUAGAAUCUGUAUACUUACACCAUUUCAGGCAUCCUGUAUACACCAUUUCAGGCAUACUGUAUACACCAUUUCAGGCAUCCUGUAUACACCAUUUCAGGCAUCCUGUAUACACCAUUUCAGGCAUCCUGUAUACACCAUUUCAGGCAUCCUGUAUCUAUUUGGAAAGCAGAUAAUAGACAAGGUUAUUUUGUUGCUCCGGGUCAUACUGAAGCUUAUUAGAUGCAUAUAAGACAUGGAAAGUGGUAAACUAUGUUGGAUAUUUUGAGCUUAACACCAGCUAAAAGAUGCUUGAGAGAUAGCUUUUGCUUCAGUGUUCAAAUGUUCACUCAGAAGUUUCUAGAAUAGUACAUAAAGUUUAGGAUUCAGUUUUAAUGAUACGGGCAUUCACUUGAAGUUUUACUUUAUUAACAUUCCCAUCAUGUAAUUAACUCUAAAGGUUGUGGCAAUAUUAAAACAUUCAUUUAUUUGGCUUGAUUAUUUUUUAAAAUAUUAACAUAGGUUUCCUACUAUUGUCAUAUAUUGCCAAUGCUGGCAUUUUUCUUCUGUAUUUAGUUGCUUGCUCUUGGAGGUUGUAUUGCCUUAUGGGUAAUAAAUGUUAAUGAAAGUGCCAAAUUUAGACAUAAGUUUGUUCUCCACCAUUUUCUUUGUUUAAUUAUAAAACUUGAUUUAUUACAUGAAUGUUGUAAUACAAGAAUUGGUAACAAAAGAAUUGUUAACCAACCAUUGCUAAUAAAGAAAUAUAGCCAGGUUAAAUAUACAUUAUAUAUCCAUAUUAUGUGUAUAGAUUUAAAUUGUCAUGUAUAAAUGGGUAGAAAAGAGGUAGAUUGCUUCUUGUUGCUAAUAUGAUAAUGGACAAGAAAAAGUAGAAAAUCAUUCACCUAAUUAUUUCAUUUUACUUUCAAGAAAAUUGCAAAACCUGCUUAUUUCUUUGUAUAAUGACUUUGAAAAAAUAAACACAACUAAUUGUUUUGUAAAUUUAAUUGGCUUUUGUUUGUUGAUUGAUUGUUUACUAGAUUGAAAUAUUCUUUACCAAUACUGAGAUAUCAUUACAUAACUUACAUUCCAGAAUAUUAUAACUUUCAUUAUGCAUACAAUCAUGUAUAUAUUUAUAUGUAUUUUAUGCUGAUAGCUUUACACAUAUGUAUGUAUAUUUCUGUGAUAGAUAACACAUUUAUUUAUAUUUGGAACUUUGCAUAUGUUUUUUUUUUACAUAUAUUCCACUUGCAUUCCUUCCAGAAAGGUGUUGUAGUUUUGACAAUUCUUUAAGAAUUCAUUCAGCAAUAGGUUUGUUGUUGUUGUGAUUAUAGUUUGAAUAUAUGUUGGUAUAUGUCAGUUUGUACUUUUUACAUGAUUUUUCUUUUCUAUGCUAUAGUAAGCAUAAAGCUAAAAGAAAUAAAAAAUAUUCUUGAAUAUUUUGGUUUAGCUCCGGUUUCACAGUCAAAGUUAGGGCAAUAACCUUACCAAUGGGGCCUAGAUUUUAUAUCUAUUCAUACCUUUGUUUACACAAUUACACAACUGAAUGAUAAUUUUCUCACUUAACUCGAUCAGUCUCUGUGGAGAAAAUUUGUUUGACAUAAACCAUAUAGUCAUGGCAAAACAAUUGCAUUGUCUUCUACUUGAGCAUGGAAAUUCAAGAAAGCUACAGAGUUGACAUGGACUGGCUGAGAUAUUCUACUGGGGGUGGGCUGAUAUUUUACUGGUGGCAGGCUGAUAUUUAAUUGGGGCCUGGAUUAUAUUCUGUUGAGGGCAGGCUGAUAUUGAACUGGGGCUGGGAUCAUAUUCUACUGGUAGCAGGCUGAUAUUUAACUGGUAUUGGGAUGAUAUUUUACUGGGGGCAGUUUGAUAUUUAACUUGGGCUGGCUGAUAUUAAACUGGGGGUUGGAUGUUAUUUAACUUGGGCGGGAUGAUAUUUAACUGAAGAUUGUUUAAUGAUAAAGAAAUACUUAAGAUCUCUUUAUACCUUACCUGGACCACAAUAAAACAUUCGGUUUAUAUUUGUUUUAGAUUUUAUUUAGGUAAACGAUUUAUGAAAUAUCAUGCAUUCCAUAUCAUAGAUCUGUUAUUUUAUUGUAAUAUACAUGAUUGCAUAUCAGAUAUACUGGAUGUUAAAUGUUGUGGAAUUAUGUUGUGAUUUAGAAAGUAAAAGGUCUUAUAUUUAUAAGUCUUAUCAUUUUAUUUGAAUAAAACAUAGUACAGUUUUGUUUAAAAUUGGCAAGUGACUCUUAUUUUAAAAUUAAUACAAUCAAACAAUUCACUUAAACAUAACUAUUAAGACUGCUGUUUAAAAGAAAUAUAUAGUGUUUUUUCUAAAUAGGUAGCUUUGUUCACAGGUUGAAUUUCAUUGCUUUUUUUCACAUGUUAAAAAAAAGCAUAAUUUUAACAAUUAUGCUGAACUUUUAAAUAAAGUCAUGGUUGUAAUAGACAGGGGAUCUCUGUUCACAGGUGUUCCUAGUGACAAUUUUCAUAGUACAUGUAUUUCCAAGUAUCAGAUCAUUCCCAUCAUUAUAAUUAUCAUAAACUAUUUUUUAAAUUUCUUUGAACCUUUAAAUUUCUUGUUCAAAGGUAAUUAUGUUGUGAUUUUAAAACAUGCCAUAAUAAACUUGUUUCAUAUCUGUUUGAUUUUCAGUAAGAUAUUACAUUUUUAUGAUGUGCAUAAUGUUUAUAGUUCUUGCCAUGAAAUAUUUCCAGGUUGUGAAGUAGCAUAUUAUUGAAUUUUUCAAUUAUCAUAUUUUCGUAUAAUAUAAUAUGACCUUUGUGCAGUAACAGGUUAACUCCUAAUGUAUUAUAUAAGCAGUUAACCUAUUACUUCGCUAAGGUGGUGAUAAUGUAUACAGUUUACAUUCCUAACAUAUUGAAAUAAAUCAAGACAUAUCAUUAUUUGGAGGAAAAUAACAAAGAUAUGAGCCGCGUCACGACAAAACCAACAUAAUGGGUUUGCAACCAGCAUAGAUCCAGACCAGCCUGUGCAUUCGCACAGUCUGAUCAGGAUCCAUGCUGUUCGCAUACCAACUCUAUUACAAGUAAAGAAACUGAUAGCAAACAGCAUGGAUCCAGACCAGCCUGCGUAUCCGCGCAGUCUGAUCAGGAUCCAUGCUGGUCGCAAACGCACUAUGUUGUUUUUGUCAUGGUGCGGCUCAUAUGUUGUUUCUUUCUAAUAUUAAAGUGUUGUGAAAGUUCAGUGUAAUCAGUAUGAUUAUAACGUAAUGCUGUUGUUUUUUAUGUGACAAUUUUUCAACAUCUCUUAGUUUAGCUUUAGCUUGCAGCAUAAUUGAAUGUUUAAAACUCAAAAGUUAGAUUCCUUUAAAUUAAGAUAUUAUGAAUACAUUUCAGACAGGCUUUACCUAGAUGUUGCCGACCAAUGCUUGGCUCCUGCAUGUUAUAAACCAAAGUGUAAAUUUCUUGUUAUGACUGACUUGACUUGUUAUUUUUGUUCAUGACUGGUUUUAUGGUAUUUGGUGGUAUUUUGUGUUGGUCUUCUUAAUGUCUGGAUACAGUAAUGUUACUGGCAUUGGAAGAUGAAGUUCCAUUAAUCAAUUUUGCUUGAAAUGUAAACUAAUUUGUAUUUUUUAACUGUGGACUUACAACACUAGUGAAGAACAACAACAAAAACAAUAAUGUCUAAUGCAACUUUUACAAUGUACUUCUAUUAUGUUUCAAUGAUUAUGACACAGGAAGCUUGUAAAUAUAUAAACUAUUAAGUAUUACUUUAUGCUGUUAACGAAAGAAAAAAACUCAAGUAUCUGUAUAUGAACUGUUGUAAAAUUUGCCAUAAUUUUCAAUUUCAAGUUUUGUUUGUAUAAAUCUUUUUUCAUAAUAAUUUUUUAUUAUCCCAACUUUUAGUAAUAAAAUGCUGCUUUGAAGAACUUCAUGUAGAGCAUACCUGCCCAGUUUUUGAGCUAUGCAUUAGUUUGUGGUAUAUGCAAUGUUCUAUUGUCAGCAAUAAUUGUUUUUGAAGAUUUAGCUUUAGUUAGUGAAAGAAACUUUUUAUUGUUUCUGGGGCCUAUAAUUGUUGUUAAAUACUUGUAUUUUAGUUUGCAUCAUGUAAAUUAACCAUGUUAAUAUAUAAUAAAAAAUAGAAACAGG